AUGUCGCGUCCAAAUUUUGAUGCUCUGAGAGAGCUGCACGAGUGUGCUAAUGAUCGGCUCCAUAUUCACUCGCCCAUAAUUCAACAAGCUCUCGUACACCACCAUCAAGAAAAAUGGGUUCAGGAGAUUUCAGAAUCGGCUCUGAGGAUUCUGGACGUCUGCAGCUUAACGAAAGAUGUCCUCCUCCUCGUCAAACAGCACCUCCAAGACCUUCAAUCCACGAUUCGAAGAACCAGCAUCGGCGAGACGGGCUUUGAGAGCAAACUCGCUGCUUACGAUCUGUUCAGGAAGAAGUUAAAGAAGGAGAUGGUGAAGUGGCUGCGGUCACUGAAAGGAACUAAGAAGAACAAGCCCAUGAUCAUCUCCGACCAGCUCUCAGUCGUAGACCACAACCUUGUGGCGGUGGGGAAUGUGUUGGGAGAGGUGAGAGAGACCACCAUCUCCAUUGUGGAUUCUCUGCAGUCCCUAAUGUCUAUUCCGAGGCCAAAGUCUGGGUCGUUGGCCUUGAAGCUAAUGCGGAUGAGUAAUGGGCAAAAUCAAAAUGUGUAUGAAAGAUAUGAUGCGAAGACGUUUGAGGCAGUGGAGAUGGCCAUAGAUGAUAUUGGAUUUGAGCUAGAGUGUAUAUUCAGGCGUCUGAUUCAGACUAGGGUUUCGCUUCUCAACAUACUCUCACCAGCUAGCUAG